AUGCAAUUCAAACAAUCUACCCACCGCCUCCUGGUCCUCGUAGUUGCUGCAUUCCUCGUCGCUGACGCUCUUCCGAUCAACUCAACUAUCGAGCAGAGGCAAAUCCUAGGCCUACCUCUACCAAUCAGUCUCCCUCUCCCAGCCCUCCCGCUCCCCACUGGAGUUAUCCCGGCACUUCCUCUCCCCUCCCUCCCAAUCCCCACGGGAGUUAUCCCAGCACUUCCGGUACCCCCGGUGCUCCCUUCACCCCCCGCGUUCCCUGUGCCCCCAGCCCCCCAGCCCCCCAGCGCCUCCGGCACCUCCAGCACCUCCAGCACCCCCGGCACCCCCGGCGCUUCCGGCGCUUCCAGGACUCCCGGGACUCCCGUUCCCUGGGCUCCCUAUCGGACUUCCGCUCGGGUUAUCGAGAUCGAACACAUCGACGGCGGAGUGCCCUCGACCAAGACACCCCUACCACACCCAGCGGCGGCGACGAUGGACAAGAAGCUCACGACGAGGGCCAACACACGUUCUAUCCCCGAGAUGCUGGACAUAAUCACACCCAACCCGUCGUGCUCGAUAGGGCAUUUCGACGACAGCGAGGCUAGCGAGAGCAUCGAUGGUACUGGAGGACGUUGGACCGAGAUCGGUGUGGAAGAUGGUGGGCCAACACGAAGAUGGGCGGAGAACGUCCGCAUAAAGGAUGCGUACAAUGUGUUGAACCAUGAGAGCGAUGGUGUAGAGUGCCUAGACAUCUGA